UCGAAACAAAACCCAAAAAAUAGCAGAAUAUGUUUCCUUUUUACUAGAAAUAACUACCGAGAUCGUUAGCAAUGCAUGUAUAUGUCUAGGCUGCAGUUGAGAACAAAUCGUAUCACAAGAGAAAUCCAUUAUGUCACAACCUCCAAUGGAGUCUGAACUUUAUUCUGAUGAUUCCGUUUGCGUAUGCCUUUCAAAACCGAAGGAAUCAACAUCCGGCAACAAGGUGAAACCAGUCGCUGUCACGUUCUCCGGAAGUCUACAGCCUCUACCACAAACCGAUGGCGCUAAGUUCGAGGAAGAAGCCAGAAAAAUAUGGGAUUCGAUGUCGGAAAAAUUUUGCGCUUGUCGAAGGGCAAAAUUUUUGGAAGAAAUCAGAAAUAACAGAAGCGAAGCACAGCGCGAUAACGCAAUUAUGAAACUAAAAAUAAUAGCGUAUCGUUCGGAGAACGCAGAGAUGCUGGAACGAAUUAAGGAAAAAUAUAACAAUAACAAUUGAAUUCGUAAUCAAUAAACAUCAA